GUGUUGCAGUCUAAGUCUUUCUGCUUUAACCACACCCACAGAGGCGCAUUUCUCAACACUGCGCUCCUCUACCUGUCGAGGGGAGCCAAAUCUGUGCGUUAAAGGACGCAAACGGCCUUAAAGCAACAAGAAAUUCACUGGAUAUAUACACACGCUAACGUCUCUCGUAACUAAUUAUGGACUAAUCCCCUUUUGGUGUGAAGAUAGACGACUGCCAAUAAGAGAAGAAUUCCACAACGGAAAGAUCUGACUGCCAGCCAGAGACAUGGACUGGAAGACCUUCCAAGCCCUCCUCAGUGGGGUGAACAAAUACUCCACAGCGUUCGGGCGGGUAUGGCUGUCCGUGGUGUUUGUGUUCAGGGUGAUGGUGUACGUGGUGGCAGCGGAGCGAGUUUGGGGUGACGAGCAGAAGGACUUUGACUGCAACACAAAGCAGCCCGGCUGCGCCAAUGUCUGCUACGACCACUUCUUCCCCAUCUCCCACAUCCGCCUGUGGGCCCUGCAGCUCAUCUUCGUCACUUGCCCGUCCUUCAUGGUGGUCAUGCACGUGGCGUAUCGUGAUGACCGCGAACGCAAGCACAGGGCCAAGUACGGCGACACCAGCAAGCUGUACAACAACACGGGCAAGAAACAUGGCGGCCUUUGGUGGACCUACUUGGUCAGCCUCUUUGUAAAGACCGCCAUCGAGGUCUCCUUCCUCUACAUCCUCCACCGAGUCUACGACAGCUUCUACCUGCCGAGGUUGGUCAAGUGUGAGGUGUCUCCUUGCCCCAACCAGGUGGACUGCUACAUCGGUCACCCCACUGAGAAGAAGGUGUUCACAUACUUCAUGGUUGGAGCCUCGGCCCUCUGCAUCGUCCUCAACAUCUGCGAGAUCAUCUAUCUCAUCUCCAAGCGUAUCGUGCGGAUUGCAAACAAGAUGAAAAGGCGCAACCGCAACAUGACCACGUAUCCCCAAGACUACAACGACGACUCCUAUAACAACUGCAACCGGCCUGUCUCGAGGCAGGACCUGAAGGACAAGCCUCCAUUCUUAAAGACCACAGAAAAGCCUCCCUACAGGCUGUCUACACUCAAACUUAACGACAAGAUACGGGCCUCUGCUCCCAACCUGUCUACGACAUCAUGAUCCUUGCUGAAAUCGAGCCAAGAAUCAAGAGCUCGGCAGUGCUCGGGCUAGAUCCCAGUGACAAAUCUCAAAAAAACAGACUCAGAACUAUGAGCCAAGCUGCAGUGUGUGUCAGAGCCUGGAUGUUGAGUCAUCGGUACUGGAUUCAUCCUGUGGGCCCCUGUGUCCACAUCUAAGACUCUUACUGAGCACGUGAACUUUGGUUUCCAAGUCAACACCCACAAUUCAAGCCGACUAAAGCCAAACUGAUUUGUUAAUGAUAUUUGGUUUUCCUUUUUAACAGUAAGACUCUGUGGGCCUUUUCAGUUUUCCCCCCUAUUAGAACAUUCCAGUGAAGGUUCACUCAGUCUUUCUUGCGAUCGGAGUUUUGAGACGGGAGGGGAAGCAGGCAGGACACACCUGGCUGAGGUAUUCACCCUCCCUGCCAGUGUCUACAGUGGUGUGUCAGAGAUCUCCAUUGUCACUGAGUGGUUGAUGAGCACUGCAGUGAUCUCUUUUAUUUAAUUUAAACUCAAAUCAUUGCUUUGUCUCCACAAUUUGAUGCCUUGAUAAUCCCAAGUCAUUGAAGAAUAGUAAAUAAUUGUGCACUAGUGCGAGAAUACUCCAGAGUUAUGGCUGGGCAAUACUUGAAGGUGUGCAAAUCAGCCCAAAAUGAACUUAUUAUGGCGUGUAUGUCUCAGAUAAUAAUAAUUACAUUAACAAAAUGCGUAUGCGGUUGCUAUAUUGCUUUAGCCACAUCCUUGGCAGGCAUGUUGCUGGUCUCAGGUUUAUGCUGCACAGCCACACACUGUACAUAGACUGCCUGUGUUUUGACGUGCUUGUACACAACUUUGCCUGAUCCACGACCACUGUUGAUUUAAAUGAGGCCAAAGGAAUGCUGCUGUUUAAUUCUGUGUUCGUAGAGCUGGAGCACAGUGGAGGAACUGGGAGGCAGGCUGGACAAACAGAUGGCUCAUUGAACUAUUUCCUAUUUUAAUGAGUCGCUUGUCAUCCGCCGUGGACAUCAGGUGGAAAUGCAUUUUCUGCACUUGUUAAUAUUUCAUAUGUGCCAUUUUUAUACAUGUAAAUAUAAUAAAUCUAUUGAAUAUGUGUUUGUGUUUGGGGUUUU